AUGACCGCGCCACCGCCGUGGCUCCCAUUCACUGAAUACGUCAUUAUGGCGUUAGAACACCCGCCUGAUAUGUUUGUAACAAGGCUUGCAGUGUGUUGCACCAUGCUCUUUCUGACGCGCUCAGAUCCUGAACUGCUGAGAAGUCUUUGCCACAAGUGGGCAAUCCGCUUUUCCAAGGACCGAGCCACUUUGGUGGCUCGCUUACGACGACGCGUACGAGCCUCACUGAGCUUUCCUCUUACUUUCAUUGGUUCUGUGGAUAGUACAAGCAACCUCCCGUCGGCUUCUAAACUGUGCGACCCAGACGGAUGUGUGGAACACUUUCUAAGACUUGUUAAUACGCUUGUCCCAAUGUACUUUUCUUGGAAUUGGCAUCGUACGGAGGAUGUGAUCAAUAUCAACAAGGAAUAUGAAGUUUAUGUUCGACAUAACAUACUCCCCAUGUGUAUGGCGACGGAUCCUGAGGAAGAUGUGUCGGAUGGGGAAGAAUCCUUCUCUUUGUUUCCACCCCAUUCCCCAUCUUGUGGUAUUGAACAUAUAUUUAGCCCCAUAACUGCAUGCCCAUGUAGACAACUAGAAGACGAAGCAAAAAACGGUCCGAUGGAGUUGCCCUUAUCCAGCUUUGUGUCAGUUGGAAACCUUUUGGCACGUAUUAAAAAUUCACCUGAUGGUCUUGUACUAAUAUUUCACGCGAGAUUCUCCGCAAAGAGCUGCGCGGCUGUGGAUAUUUUUCAUACUAUUUUACAACGCCGGUUGCUGGAUCCCCUACCUGCUGUUUCUGUUGUUCACGUUGUAGCUGAGCCGGAGCUUGCGAACAUGUUUAAAAUCUCAUGGUUUCCGACCAUCAUUUACAUGCCCCCUUUGGCUCCGGAGGAGCUUGCCCGCUCAUUGUGCGAAGAAAGAACAUUCUCUCCAGAGUUAACUUCGGUUGAGGCUGCACCCAUUUGCCCUCAAUGUGAUAGUGGUAUUGGUAACAGCGCGGUUCGAAAGACUGCAGUAAUUAAUUCAGGCCCUUCACUAUCAGAAAUUUUGUAUGGCCUGUCUCCGCGUUCAUGCACUCCUUCUUGUUCUACCAUGCAUGAAUCUUAUGUUAGUGAGGAGGAACUAUCUUGCAUUAUUGGAAGGGGGCUUCACCGCUUUUACCCUGCAAAUGCUGUUAUAACGGUUCCUGCGCUAGCUGAAUGGAUUAACAAUAAGGGAUUGAGUCGUCCGCGGACCAAGGAUGAUGAGGGUUUUGUGAGUCGUAUUAAUGAUCUUCGUGAAGAUGAAAAGUUUCAACGGUAUCGUGAAAUGGUAUCAGCUGUGGUGAUGCUUCGUCAACUGCAAUGCAAAUCGAAUGAUUAUUGUAGGGCGGCGGAUGGGGAGUCCCCGGUAUUUAUUUUUAUGGGUGGCGGUAUGGCAGCAGGCAAGAGUACUGCGGCAACCGCGCUGUCACGCAGUGCGUGGUGGGAGAAAAAUAAAGAUAACAUAGUCUUGGUGAACGCGGAUGACUUCAAGGUUGCCAUGAGUCCAUGGUCGAAAGGUGUACAUGUCAUGCAUGAAAGCAGUACGCGUGCAGCGGAAAAACUUUUGGUGAAGGCGAUCAAUCAAGGUCGCAAUAUCGUCUUCGACAGUACCAUGAUGUGGCGUCCGUUCAUUCAACAAGUCAUUGAAAUGGUCCGCCAUGCGCACACAACCUUAUAUCAGCAAGGGGUUGGGUAUAAGGACAAUGGAGCCAUUGAAGAAUACUUCAAGCCCCUUGGACCGCGACCGAAACCGCUGUCCAUGCCCUAUGAGAUUCGUAUGCUUGCCAUCACAGUGGAGGCGGAGGUUGCCGUUCCCCGCGGAAUUCUUCGUUUGUUUUCAACGGGAAGGGGAGUGCCCAUCCCAAUGCAACUGCGCUCUUUUCGUCUCUUUUCAGAGAAUUUUGAAACAUACAUUGAGUGGGUCGAUAAAGCCAUUCUUUUCAACAACAAUGUUGUUGUGAAUCUUACGAAGGGUGAGUUGCCCCCGGUUCUUGCGGAGAAGACAGAGGAUGGAUUACUUAUUCAUGAUGAGGAGGCCUACGCGCUCUUUCUGCGUCAUCGGCUUUUAAGGGAAGACGCAGACAACGCGUUGGAGCUCUAUCCUUGCAGCAACAGUGUAGAGGUUUAG